AUGAAGGCCACUCUUUCUCUCACUGCCGUCCAGCUGCUGGCCAGCCUGGGUUCAGCCCUCCCCACGCACGACCACUCCUUGGCUGGCGUUAAGCGUGCCAAUGUCUCUGCCUCUUCCUGGAACCCCCCUUCGGACUUGGUGAAGCCUCUGAAGGAGGUCUGGGACCACGAGAUUGACACCUACACCGACCCCCUCGGCUUCAAGAACUACGGCUUCGACCAAGUGAUCGACGGCAAGGGUAAGAUCAACUACUGCGUGCGCUGGGACUCGACCAAGUCGGUCACCGCCACCCAGCGGGAAGGCAUCGAAACCGCCGUUCGCAAGGGCUUCAACAAGUGGAUCGAGAAGCUCGCCGGGUUUGACGGUUUCCCCUACGACACCGUGGAUGUCAACGUUGUUGGCUACGCUGUCAAGGACAAGUCCCUCCUGGAGGGCGACACCUCCGGCAUCGAGGUCUACACCACCACCGACGACGACGGAAUCCCUCAGUGUGACCCCAAGUGUGGACGAUUCUUCCACCAAGAUGGUGACUACAGUGCCUGCGAGGCCGGUGCUGACCGUCACUACGACCAGAGCUUGUGGCUCAGCGAUGACUUCGAGGGUGGUGCCGGUGGUGACUGGGGCCAGCGCGUUGGACAGCAAUACUUCGUUGAGAGCUUGGGCGAGGAGAACCAGCACAUCUACCUGCACGAGAUCGGCCACACCUUCGCCUUGGAUGAUUUCUAUGACUGGACCCCCACCGGCCAGACCAGCUUCAUCAUGCUGGCUGGCAGUGCCACCGAGAUCACCGAAUUCGACGGAUGGAUGGCUCGUGACUGGUGGCGCAACUUGAAGAGCCGCUACAGCCUGUAA